AUGUUUGCUCUUUUCCAUAAGACGGCCGUGGCCGCGGAUAUUCCCGUACCGGCGGGGUUGCGACCGCACUCAGAUGAGUCAAAAUCCGCCUUUGAAGAUGGCUACCUCGCGAGAGACUUCCUUUUUGCGCUUAAAGACAACGUCUUCUGUCUCUUGCAUGAACGGAUUGAUAACAUCUCUGACCUCGGUCCUCCAUUCAAAGUGAAUGUACACAGAAUGAUCAGGCAACAAUCUUGA